CAUGUCCACAUCUCUCACUGCUGUAGGACUAGCCUGGGCUGCUCUAUCCAUGGUCGCUGCACUUCUGUGCUGCACAGGCUUCUAUUUGCCCUACUGGAUACAGGGUCGGCUGAUGGGUAAGGUGGACGCUUACUUCAGUUCCUUCAGGAGAUGCAACUACCCCAGAGUGACACCACAGGGGCUCAUAGAGAUCGUACAAGAGUGUGGCAGAUACUCAAGGUUCAUGGACAUUCCCAGUGGCUGGUGGCAAGUCAGCACAGUGCUGAUAGCAGCAGCUAGUGUGCUGAGUCUGCUGAUAGCAGUCACUACACUAGCAGCGUGUUGCAUAACCUACGUAGUUCAUGCUGGGACAGCGAGGGUAGCUGGCUGCAUACAGCUUAUUGCAGCUCUGUUGGUCUGUGGAGGAGGAGUUGCGUACCCUGCAGGAUGGGACAACAGGGAAGUUAGGGACUGUUGUGGACCUUUGUCUGGAAAAUACAGGAUAGGUUCCUGUCAGUUGUCCUGGAGUGUCUACCUCAUGUCUGCCGCUGUAGUUCUUCUCUUCCUCUGCUGCGUCCUCAGCUUCUGGUCCUCCAGAGUCACUCCUGGAUGUCUCCGGGUCUGAGUUUACAGCACGGGCAUGUUGGAUCCUGACUGACGACCCAACACGUCCGUGCUUUUUGGAAAACCAUACACAUUUGUGUAGCUAGAUUAUAUAUUAUGUUCGUACAAUCCUAUUUUAUUUAACUUGAGAUGUGGCAAACUUUUUCCGAAACUUUAGUGCUUUCUUCCCUUAUACAUACAUAGUCUAUGGAGAAAGUAUUGUUUUCGUAAAGAUUUUCGAGUCCAAUUUUGACCAAACUUCGUAUUUGGAGCUAAUCUAUGGUAUC